AUGGAUUACCUGCAGCUACCAGAAAGCAUCAUAGAAAACUCUACACCUGGUGGGCAGAUUUUGGCAGAGAGUAAACAGAGAAGCUCCUCUGACAAUAUCAACCCUCCACAGACAAGUGACAACACCUGCAUACCCAAGGACUUCAGCUGCAUCUACAGCAAAGAUCUACUCCCUGCCCUCAGUGGUGAGGACACAACCAAAGGUUUCUUCCAAGAGCUGGUGAGCGUUCUCCUCAGCUAUGUCUGCAAGUCGUUCAGAAGAAGCUCCAAAGUCCUGGACUUCCACCACCCUCACCAACUCAGAGAGGGUCUGGAGGGCUUCAGUCUGGAUCUCCCAGACCAGCCCGAGAACCUGGAACAACUCCUGGUCGACUGCAGGGACACCUUGAAGUAUGGAGUCAAAACAGGUCACCCACGCUUCUUCAAUCAGCUGUCAUCAGGGCUGGAUGUCAUCGGUCUGGCCGGGGAAUGGCUGACAUCUACCGCCAACACAAACAUGUUUACUUAUGAAGUGUCCCCAGUGUUCAUUCUGAUGGAGGAGGUUCUACUGAGGAAGAUGCAGGAGAUUGUGGGUUGGUCAGAGGAAGAGGGGGAUGGUGUUUUCUGUCCAGGAGGGACCAUGUCCAAUCUGUACAGUGUACUACUGGCCAGAUACCACUUUUUCCCUGAAGUGAAGACCAAAGGGAUGACUGCUCUGCCCAGGCUAAUCCUCUUCACCUCAGCACAUAGUCAUUAUUCAGUCAAGAAAUCUGCGGCAGUCCUUGGGAUAGGGAGUGAAAAUGUUGUGGUGGUGAAAUGUGAUGACCGGGGAAAGAUGAUCCCUGCAGAAUUGGAGUCAAGUAUCAUUACUGCCAAAGAUCAGGGUUGUGUCCCGUUCUACGUCAAUGCCACAGCAGGCACCACUGUGUACGGAGCCUUUGAUCCUCUCAAUGCCAUCGCAGACAUCUGUGAGAGCCAUGGACUCUGGCUGCAUGUUGAUGCAGCCUGGGGCGGAGGACUGUUGAUGUCCAAGAGGCACCGUGUGAAACUACAAGGGAUUGAACGAGCCUGGUCUGUGACUUGGAACCCUCAUAAAAUGAUGGGUGCUCCGCUGCAAUGCUCAGCCAUACUGGUGAAGAAAAGGGGCCUCUUGCAAGCCUGUAAUCAGCUGUGUGCAGAAUACCUCUUCCAAACUGACAAGCACUAUGACACCUCGUAUGACACCGGAGACAAGACCAUUCAGUGUGGCAGACACGUUGAUGUCUUCAAGCUCUGGCUCAUGUGGAAGGCCAAGGGUUCAGAAGGCUUUGAAUCACAGGUCAAUAAAUGUUUGGAAAAUGCUGAGCACUUGUUUGACAAAAUCAAACAAAGACCAGACUUUGAACUCGUCUUCAAAGGCAAACCUGAACACAGCAACGUGUGCUUCUGGUACAUCCCACCAAGUCUGAGGAAAAUGCCACCAGGUCCUGAGAGGAACAGGAGACUCCAUGAGGUGGCACCAAAGAUCAAAGCCAAGAUGAUGGAGCAGGGGAUGGCCAUGAUUGGCUAUCAGCCGCUUGGAGACAAAGUGAACUUCUUCCGAUGUGUCUUCUCCAACCCGGCCACACAGACAGAGGAUGUGGACUACCUGUUGGAGGAGAUCGCUUGUCUCGGUCAUGAUAUAUGCAUCAGGAUUGAGACCAAUUUAUGAAUCAGGUUGGCUGAAUCAGGUUUGAGACCACUUUAUGAAUCAGAUUGUGGUUCAGAUCAACUGUAAAACAUGCAAUUAGAGUAAAAUAGGUAAAAACAAUCAGAAAACUAAAUAUAUCUCUAGACGUACUAAUUGUUCUCAAAUGUUUUAUUGCAUGAUUACAGUCCUUUUUUAUAUACAAAUAUAAAUAUUAUUUUUGUAUUCCAGAGUAUCAGGGAAUUGUUAUAAUGUAGCCAGUUUAUUUCUUCAUUCAUUCAUUUUAUUUGUGUACAACAAUAUUGUAGCCUAUAUAUCUAAGAGGACAACGAGCAUGGUUUCAUUUUUUAUAUAUCAUUUCUGAAGUUUGAUAUUUUCAUAAAUUUCUAAAUAUUAAUGUUAAGUAGGCAACAGUUGACGCUGUAAUUUGGUAAUUGUAUCAACUGAAAGGUUAUUAAAGUGUGUAACAUAAUCA